UUUGAAGCGGGAAAAGCGUUGUUGCCAUGGAGACGCGGCUUCAUGGCGGCCGCCGAGCGGCGCCGCGGCCGUGAUUGACACUCACCAAGCACCUUCGAAGACCUUGCCUCCACCUUGAAAAGUGCAUUGAGAAGGAAAAGAUCUUGUGAAAGAGCCUCUAGGUUGAAGAUGGCAUCAUGCCUUUAUGAAUGCCUUUGUGAAGCAGAACUUGAAAAAUAUUAUCCCCACUUUACUGCCUUUGGUCUUCAGAAAGUUGAUGAGCUUGCCGAAGUUUCCAUGGAAGAUUACACCAAACUGGGGGUCCAUGACAUAAAUGACCGCAAACGUCUUUUCCAGCUCAUUAGAAUAAUCAAAAUCACACUGCAGGAAGGCGCUGCAGACUUAAGCAAGGAGGAUUUUCAACCACGUGGCCUUUUCAUUCAGCCUCAGGUGACUAAGUCAGGACCCCGUAGGCAGCUGCGUUUCGAGUCCUUUUGUGGAGAAGAUGAUGGAGCAGCUAAAGACUCUAAACCUGAAUUGUGUCAGCCACCCGAUUUCAGUGCCAAAGAAGAGAAGGACAGUGUAGGGGAAGUACAGGGACACAUUCCACCACACGAUUCAGAGCCAAUCAGAUUAACUAGAAGAGACCUAAAUAUUCCUGGAAUAGGUACAAAAAAUGACCUGAGCUGUCCAACAGUUUCUGAUGAUAUUGCUCCUCUGCGGGGCGAUUCUGAAGUUCCUAUUGUACAAAGAGUAACUCAUAUUUCAGGGUACAAUUAUGGACUACCUCAUUCCUGUAUCAGAUCCAAUACUUUCGACAAAGAGACUCCAUGGACAGAGAGUGAAAAAAUCAGAGUGUGUGUCCGAAAGCGUCCCCUCUGCCUGAGGGAGGAGAGACGUGGGGAGGCUAACAUAAUCACAGUGCAAGAUCAGGAAACCCUGCUUCUCCACGAGAAGAAGGAGGCAGUUGAUCUUACACAAUACAUUUUACAGCAUGUUUUUUAUUUUGAUGAAGUCUUUGAGGAGUCAUGUACCAAUCAGGAUGUGUACAUGAAGACAGCUUAUCCUCUCAUUCAGCAUAUUUUAAACGGAGGCAAUGCAACUUGCUUUGCAUACGGGCAGACUGGUGCUGGCAAGACUUACACCAUGAUAGGGAAUCACCGGAACCCAGGACUCUAUGCCCUGGCUGCCCAGGACAUCUUUAGGCACCUGGAAUCAUCACCAUCCAGAAAAGAUCUUGUUGUUCUGAUCAGUUUUUAUGAGAUCUACUGCGGACAUCUUUAUGACCUGCUAAAUGGAAGGAAAAGGCUUUAUGCAAGAGAAGAUGGCAAGCACGUUGUUCAGAUAGUUGGACUGCGGGAGGUUCAGGUGGAUUCUGUAGAUCAGCUGUUGGAGGUGAUUUUGAAGGGGGGGAAAGAACGUAGCACAGGAGUUACUGCAGUCAACUCAGAUUCCUCUCGGUCUCAUGCCAUCAUCCAAAUUCAAAUUAAAGACACAGCCAACAGGGCAUUUGGAAGGAUAUCAUUCAUUGACUUGGCUGGCAGUGAAAGAGCAGCUGAUGCCAAAGAAUCGAAUCGACAAACAAAAAUGGAAGGAGCAGAAAUAAACCAAAGUCUUUUGGCACUAAAGGAAUGCAUUCGGGCGUUGGAUCAGGAACAAGUGCAUACUCCUUUCCGGCAAAGCAAGUUAACUCAGGUGCUAAAAGACUCUUUCAUUGGCAAUUCCAAGACAUGUAUGAUAGCCAAUGUUUCACCGAGCCACCUUGCUGCAGAGCACACCCUGAACACUCUGCGAUAUGCUGACAGGGUCAAAGAGCUGAAGAAAGGGACUAGAUAUCCCACCCCUGUCACAAAAAGGCGUCGCAGAGCUGGAAAUGUAUCUCCAAAAAAUAUCCAAGGCACUCCCUUUUUGCCACCUGGGGAAAAGAGCUCUCCAAAGAAAGUGAAGCUAGGCCUACAGCAUCCCUCAAGUGCUACAAAACCAAAGGCAUAUCCUGCAACACUCCAGCCACCUGGUGUCCCUCUUACCUCUACCCCCAAGGGAACUGACAAAGAACAUGCCUACACAGAAAAUACCACCAGUCCCUGCUUCCACCACACCACCCCAGUUAAGGGAGUCCUACAAAUAACACAUCCCCUGAAGAAAAAUUAUCUAUCCCCCCUCUCUGAAAAGAGCUCCUCAGCGGAGGAUUUCAUUGCCACAGCAGAAACAGAAGAGAGUGGCCAGCAAGACAAGUAUAUGCAAAACAGAACACCUGUCCAGUGCCAGAAAGUCCAGAUAAUGCAACCUCUUCAGAAACAACUCGUUUCUAGUGAAGAUAAUUCCUUUGGAGAUGGCAAUCUUCCCUCCAACAGCAAACAGGAAUGGGGAAAUACUUUUGCUAAACAGUCUGUUGAACCGUGGACAUAUCUGCCUUCAUAUCAGAAGGAAAGGGAAGAGCAUUUACGUCUUUAUCACCAGCAGUUUCAGCAACCCCCUAUUCUAAAGCAAAAAUUGAACUAUCAACCCCUUGAGAGGUUUCUAAUGCAGUACAAGCCUGAGGAGAUUCAAGUGAAGCAGGAGCUGAGCCUUACUCCAACUGAAGGGCAGAGCAAAGAGUGGGUACAGCUGGAAGAUCUGGAUGACAGUGAUUUCAGUGAAGAUUCUUUCUCACCUGUUUGUAGUCAAAAGAGUGUGAAAAGAGGAAAUAGCAACAAAUCCAGUCAACAUUCAUUUUUCCUUCAUGAAAGAGAGCAAGGAACUGAAGAAGAGCAAAAAGGCCAAAAGCGGCAGGAUUUAUUUUUUGAAUAUGCAACACCCAUGGAAGAUCAUGGAUUAGAUGACAACUGGGAUUGUAGUGAGGGUAGCUCAGAGGCAGAAGAAUCCACUAAAAAUUCAGGCUGCAGCAAAACUACUGCAGACUGGAGCCAUGACUUAGCUGUUGAAUUCCCUCCAAGCAAUACUGCAGAAAAACCUUACUGCCUGCAGGAAGAUCCUGCUUGCAGCUGGAGAAAUGGCAAGGACUUCCUAGCUGAACACAAAGAGUACAAGUCCAAACACAGAAGUCUUGUUUACUCCAGUGAAGGCACCUUAACUCCAGAAAAGGAUACUUCAACCCCAUAUGUAUCUCCUGUAUUGAAAUCAGGAACUCCAGAGUGCAAAGAGUUUGAUCUCCAGCAUGAGAAGGAAGAAUCCACUUUGGCUAAAAAGGCUGGCCUUACAGGAGGAGGUGUAAAAUGGAAAGUUCGAAAAAAUGAAGUCAGCCAGUCUGUUUCUUCCAGUUGUUCCUCAGAAUUCACCUCCGAGCUCACGACCCCGCUCCUGGUGUCGCCUCCUGAUGGUGAGGACACAACUGAAAUAGAGAAAGCAUCUUCCAACCAAGAGAAGCCCCAUGGUGAGAAGCAGGUGCCCGACAGUGACGCCCAGAGCAGGUUUGAGGCUGAGGGCUGGCAGUGCACCAGGAGCAGAUCUCUGACCGACAGCAUGCUGGAGCUGGUGGAGCAGCUUGGCCACGCGGGAAGCCUCUGUGCCCUGCUGGACUCCUCUCGAGACACAAACAAGAAUCUCCCACCCACCUGUGGCCGUGUGAAGCCGUGCUGCUGCCACCUGGAACCGGUUUUAUCCAAGCAGGGAGUCCGGCGCAGUUUGUUUGUUGGACAUGACCCGACAGAAACAUCUGCAGCUGGAUCCACAGCUGGAUCCGCAGCUGGAUCUGCCCUCGCCAGGCCAGAGAAAGAGGGUGUGGGGCUUUGCAGUGACUCCCCCUUCAAAGAACACUCGGGAGGCAGGUGGUGUGGUGCUGAUGGUAAUCAGCAUAACAGUGCUGGUAAUUCAGGGAAGUCUAACUCAAGUCAAGGGGCCCGUGCUGAGGAAAUAAAUGCUGAAAAGAGCUAUGCACCCCAGUCCCCCUCUCAGGAGAGCUGCUGGCAGCUGCAGCCCAAGCCAGGGCUGAGGAAUGAGGAUCUCACCCAUUUUGAAGACCCUGCCAAGUCAUCGUUUGGCCAUGAGGAGACAGAGUUGCUGAAAAGCAAGUCAAAGCAGAGUAUUUUUACACAAGAGACUUUUGCUGCAGAUGCAGGAUUUGCAACCAAAGAUAAUAAGCCAAUAGCAAAUGCAAAGUGCCCCUCACACGUGUCCAGCAGCAGUUCUCCAAGUGCUGCAUCAGAGAUGGGGAAAUGGCAGAGGGACGCCCUAGAAAAGGCACAAAAGACUGUAAUUCGUGCUCAUCAGCAGCAGCUGGAUGAACUGGCACACCUGUGCUUCAAAGAGGAGUGCUUGAUAAAUCAGAUGUCAGCAAUGGAUUUUCAGAACUUCAUGGCCAUGCUGGAUGAAAUCUUGGUGCUGAAGUCAAAGUGUGUCCAAACAAUGCGAGCCCAGCUUCAGCUCUGUUCCGUCUCCCCGGGCACUGACAAAUCACUGCAAACACGUCCACCAGUAUAGACCUGCUUUGCUUACACGUGCACUGGAGCAGCUACAGGAAACCCCAGCCAGCACUUUGCUACACUUGGUGCUGCAGAGUGCGGUUGGUAGGGGAUAGUGUUUGGUCUGAUGUUUGUGACUAGUGUGUGUUUUAUAUAAGGAUGGAGAGAAUUCUGAGUAAAUGAGAGAUGACUAAUUGGCACCAUAAGCUUUGUAUUUCAUUAAUACCAGUAAGCCACAUUCUGAGCAGUAACAAUUCAGCAGCCUUUAAAUAUCUCACCAAGUAGCAGGCAAGUUGUGUUAAUGUAUCAUAGGAGCUUCUCACGUGUUGAAGGCAAUCCUGUAUUGCCAAGUAAGGGAAACAACUUUGAAGCCAGAUACAGGUCAAAACAGAAAUGCUCAAAAGCUACCUAGAAAAGUCUUUGCAAACAAAACCCAGGAAAGAGAGAGGAGCCAGGAAUUGUUACACUAAGCUGUCUGGACCUUAAGUAUUUGGAAGUCAAGGCAGGGUGUGUGAAGUGCUGUCAGUUUCGGAAGGAAGCCUAUUGCUGAAUUAGUGCUUGGGAUGAAUCCUCCAGAACUCCUGAAAGAGGUGGCUUUAAGUUAAGGGGUAAGGAGUGGUUUAGCAGGGACUUCCUACCAAAGAUUCCAUCUGGCAUGUUUAUAAGCACAUGGGUUUCAUGCUGGUGCCCAGAGGAAGAUGCCAGCAGCUGUACAUGCAGCACACCACGUCUAAUGCCUGCACUGAGCAGGGCUGAACAGAUUUCUCACAUGAAAACAGGGUCUGCUUGGAGGCACUGGGCUGCCAGAAGCACUGUUAUGUGAAACUGUUACUUGAACCAAGAGCUGCGGAGACAUCAGCUGGAGCCCUGGUGCUGCAUGCAUCAUAACUGAACCACAAAGCCAGUCCACUUGCUUUGAAGGCACAAGUGACCUUGAGACACGCUUGCUGACAACACGCUGUGAGCGCUCCCACUCCAACAUCAGGGCUGUCGCAGCACAUUCAUCUGUCUCUGUGUCUCCUCAGUAAUGCCUGUGGUAGGUUGUUGAAAGCCUGCUCAGUAGCCAGAAAUGCCAAGGGGAAUGGAACACUGCUGUUUGACCAGUUCUGGGUUUUGCUGCCUGCCUGCGCAGCCUCCCUGAGGAGCCCAGGUUGGGCUGAGCUGCAGGACAAUAAUUGCAGUGACACUCUGGGAUGCAUAUUUGGUGCAAACACUCCCAGGAAUGUCACCCAGCGUAGGCCUGGGGAACAGAAGCAAAUCCCACAUCACUGCCCUGACUGCUGAGUUGCUUUUAGCACUGGUUAGUCUCCAUCUUGCAGCUGAGAUUAUAUUUCUCUGUGGAGCAGAGAGCAGUUUCUUUGGGGUCUGAGGUUAUGGCUCUCAAAGUGUUUCCUGUGUCCUGGUCACCAGCAGCAAGUCCCCUGAACCUGGGUCAGAAGCCUCCCUCACUCACCCAGGGAGCUGAGGCAUCCAGGAGCAAGACUCUUGGUAUUUCUGCAUGGCACAGAGCAGUGGUGCCCAACAGCCACCAGAGAGCUGUAAAGCAGUGGGAGAUCAGCACUCUGCAGCAGCCACGCAGGGAGGAGCAAGUGUUUCAAACCACCAAUUCCCUGCACUUCCUGGGGCCAGGGAGAGCUUACCUGUGAGUAAGGUGAGGGGAAUACAGGGCAGUUGGAUAGUCCUCCUGACAGGAUAAAUUAGCUGCGGGCACUUAAUUUCCCCAGCACAUUCUGAGCGAGCAUGCUGCAAAAACUGGUGUCAGGGAGCAGCUGAGGAGUUUGGCAAGUCUAUUUGAAACCAAAGAAAAGGUCAGACUGUAGGAUGUGUGCACAAGACACAGGCAAAUGUGAUACCCAGUCAGAAACAGUGCAAGGGAGGAAAAUUUUCCCUCCAUGUACUCUGACAUUUGGGAGAUGAGUGUUGGUUGGUCACUCUUUCAGGUUUUUAAAAAGCACGUGAGCAAAGUAUGUUUCACAGACAUUUUGAGUGUCUUGCAGAAGCUGGAUAUUCCUAAGCAACACAUAAGAAUCAUUUGCACAACCCACAGUGCCAUGUCCUAACCUCAGUAUCUGCAGGCACAGUUGUGACAAGACAGAUGAGCGACCGAAAAUUUCUGUGAGCAGAGGAGAUGUGAGUGAAGUCAGCUGCCAGAUUGGAGCCACCUGUGAAUCCCAUCUGAUCUAUUGUGAAAAAAGCAAGUCUGGCAGAUCUGAGCCCCAGCAGCAAUUCCCAGGGCAGGAACUAUCUGCUCCCUCAAGGAACAGCCAGGGACACUGGAAAACAACAAAUAAUCAAAACAACAACCACACACAACUUUCCAAUGUCUGAUACAAUCUCUUUUUUAAAUGGGUUAUCCAACCAAUCCACAUGACUAUACCUUUCUUAAAUAUUUCAUUAUGUCUAUUCUCCAAAUUUUAUUUCCUCUACUGAAGGUGAGAUUUUACCUAAAUAAAAAAAUAAAGCAUCUGGCUGUGAAAAGCAGCCCAUCCUUGGCAAUAACAUGGACAUGCUUGAAGUGCUGCACACCCCAAAGAUAGCAACACUAGGUUCCUCAUAUGCAACAGAAACUAUCCAGCUGUUGUCAGAAAUGGUAACAUUUUUCUCUCCCCUUUGAGGCUUAUUACCUAGAUGUUGCUUUAAUUCUUGUGUGAAAAUGUGCUAAAUGAACAUUUAAAGUGUCAUCCCCUUCCUACCAUUUUAAUAUUUCACUGACAACUGCUACAAAAGAUUUUCACUUCCAACUUGAAUGUGCGUUAAAGUGUCAUAAAAGCAAUCUAAGAGAUUUAGAGAGCUUGGCCAUGUACCAUCAAAUAAACACAGAACUAGUAUGGAUUCACUUUUGUAGUCAGAUGCAACAAUGACUAUUAAUGCUUAUUAGCAAAAGCUUGAUACUUUAUUUCAAUAGUUGACAGAAUUUAAAAUAAAAUUCAGUUUGCUACAGAACUCUGGUGAAAAUCAUUUUAGGUAAACAUGAUCAAAAUGCCCAUUCGAUCGACUGCAAAAGAUUUAAGUGGGGCUGGAAAUCUGUACGAGCUCCCCUUUUCACAGGGCUUGUUGGUGUGGAGAGUUUCAGGACCUGACCCACAGCUGGACUGACCCUUCCUGGCCUGGAGAGCAGCCACAGAAUGCUGUUGCUGUUGGCUCUGUGAUCCGGGACAGAAGACAGGAGGCUGGGCAAAAAAAGCCCUUGGGGCACUGGGGCUGCUGCUGCUCCCGCUGCUGGACUGCAGGAUCGGGAGCCCUCGGCUACCCUGGGGGUGAAGGAGGGCUCUGCAGUACCAGAGCCAUUUCCAGGAUGCUGCUGUCCAGAACCAGCAGGAGGCAGCUCAAAGAUGCUCUUGUUGAAAAUACAACCAAAAGUACAACCACCAGUUUAGCACUGUCUCUACGCUUCUCAGCAGCCUUCCCACCCAGGCACACAGACCUCAGACAGAACCUCUGACAAAGGCACAGCAGGGACAUAAAUCAACGUGACCUGACAGCCUAAGGAAAAGCUCCAAAGUUGUGAGUGUGACCAGGGAUGCAGCCAAUCUUCUCACCAGCCAGCAGCAGGGCAGAGCCCAGCCUUGCUCCAGCCAGCAGGACCUCCCCCCAGCCACAAUGAACUCUGCCUGGGCAGUAGCAGAUUAACAAGUGCUGCACAGCACCCUGAACACUGAACUCUGGUCCCAUGGGGUCCCUUGUUACACAUUCAUUCAGCAGUUCCUCUUCUCUAAGCCACCCCCUUAAACGCCUCACUCUGUGGUGUUUUCUUCACUGAGGUGCCAACAUAGCAAUACCCUUCAUGCCUUCAGACACCCAAGGAUUUAAAUCACUGCCAAAGCAAGAGCAGUGUCACCAGGGUAGACUUGGGUGGGCAUGCUCUCUGAAAUAAGACCCUGCAUCUUCACAGCUGUCACUUCCCACCUUCACCUCCUUGCUCUCACCUCCACAAGAGCUCCAAAAGCAGAGUGACUAUUCUGUGGGGUUAAGAGCCAGACCUUGGAGGGGAACUGUGAAAAAAACCCCCGCACACUAAUACAAUCAGAGAUUAUUUUAUUCAGAGGUUUGGUCUAAACAGUUGUUUCUUUGCUGGCAAAGAAUUCUUGCCCCUUCCAGACUGUCUGGUACCAGACGGGACUCACUGGGGUAGCAAUUCUGAGAAAACCAGAACAAGCAACAACCAAAUGCUCUCAGCAGUGAUGGAAAAGCAGUUUGAAUUUUGUUUUCAAGGUUUCCCAAUUAAUCAGGAACCCCAUUUCCUCACUUCACUGUUGCAUUUCUGACCUGGGAAGGAAGAAAAGCUGGGCAGGGCAUUACUUGCACUCCCAGAGGCAGCAGCUGCUGAAGUCCUUCUUAGACAAUAUUUAUUUCAGGUCCACCACUAGAAAAUGGUGAAGGUCAAUGCUAUGGGGUAUGUGCAAGGCAACCUGCCCUGCUCCUCCUCAUCAUCCCUCUUCACAUCUCCUAGAUACUUGCCAGCAGAUCCCUCUCUUGCAUAAUUUUAAGUAAAUAUUUAAUUCACGCAGUUGGGCACCCCACAGAGAAUUCCAGGAGUGCACAUUGGGCCCAAAUUAGAUGUGUUGGUCAUAGAAAGUUAACAACAUAAUGGAGACAAAUGCCAUCCCCUUUGGAGUCCUGAUGAGCUGAACCCUCCUACUGAAAAACCUGCACUGAUGCAAUGGGCUGAGACCUUUUGCCCUCCAGCAGUCCAGUGCUCCAGCUCCAGGCUCUAACAUGAGUUUGUAUCCCUAGGCUGGGGUUCUGCCACAAAACAAAAAUAAGCUACAGAGAAGCAAAGCACCUUCUACCACUGCAGCUGCAGCCCAGAGACCUCUGGCUGCUGUGCCCAACAGUGUUCACACAUGGCCACAAGAGCUGGCAGCACCUGGGCGGGCAGGACGCAGCAAGGUCCCUGUCUGCUGAAGCCAAAGAGCAUGAGAGAUGGGAACCAUGACACUGGGAGUUAUAUUUCAGGGUUUUAUUAGUUGUUCUUCUGCAGAAUCAAAAUAUUUAGCAAAUUAGAGAUUCCUCAAGACUGCUGAUAUUUAAUGUAUUUAGAACUUGAUCAAUGUACAACGUAAUACUUUGAACUAUCAAAAACAACCCCAAACCUGAUUUGUAGUACUAGAUAUUAUUAUGUAAUUCUAUAUCAGUGUGAAAAAUGGAACUAAUGCAGUGAGUAUAUCUGUUUUAAAGAAAGUGCUUGAAAGAAAUCUCCUGCAUCACACUGUGUAUUAUUUAAAACAAAAAGAGUAACUGACUUUCUAGCAGGGCAUUGUCUUAAAUAUCCUACAAGCCCAAGGGGAUUAAAAAUACUGAGCCCCAGCUCUCUGCCUUCAGGUUUAAGAACCAACACAAGCUGCAGGUCCAGGUUGAGUUCACAGCUGCUUCAAGGGAACUUACACUCAGCUUUGGACACUUGUGUCUGGCAAAAUGUUGGAUGCAUGGGUAAAACAA